AUGUCCCUUAAACACAACAUUCAGCUCGCUCGACAGAUCCUACUUGUCAAUCAUCCUCGAAAGCUGCUCCAAGCCGGUCUUCACUUCAUUUUUAACGCUGCCAUAGUAUUGAUGUUACAGCAGCUGGUAGAGGAUCUGUGCCCGUCUUCUCGGAGUGAGAAGGUUCGUUCACUUGACCUCGACUUUGUGAUUGGGAGGUUCGAGGAUGAGAGUCGAGUUGGUAGCAACUACGGCCGGGACUGUGCUACGGUGCUUCGGGAUCUUCGCGUUCUUGUGCAGCGUCUUCCUAUCCCUGUUGACAUGAGCACUGCAACACGUUCCGUCAACAUGACACAGACUACGACCACCUACGAUCCGAUCGCAAAUCGAUCGCAUGUUGACAUGGGACAGCAAUGGUCAGAUAAGCUGACAUCAGAGGCACUUCAGCAGCCUAUUCUUGUUGAUCAAGGCCACAUAUUAUAUAAUGAGUUGGUUUCGUGGAUUGAUGUCGAUUGGCAAUCUAAUAAUGGGUAUCUCAUUUGA